GCAGUGACGGCAGAAGGGAGGCUGGUCCAACAUGGCGGCUGCCAUCAUGAAGCUUGUCAACAGAAGCACUUUAAAGUCAUUUAUGGGACAACAAUUUUUAGCGUUGAGCGCCGCUGCAAAAGUCAGUACGGCUGGCGUUAGUGCUUGUCAGGUUCUUCCAGAAAAAGUGAAAAUAGUGGAAGUGGGACCAAGAGAUGGGCUUCAAAAUGAAAAGACCAUUGUGCCCACGGAAACUAAGAUUCACUUGAUUGACAUGCUGUCAGAAGCAGGGCUUUCUGUGAUUGAAGCCACCAGUUUUGUUUCUCCCAAAUGGGUACCUCAGAUGGCUGAUCAAAUGGAAGUAAUGAAAGGAAUCUGUCGAAAACCAGGAGUGACGUAUCCAGUUCUUACACCAAAUCUCAAAGGGUUCCAGGCCGCUAUGAAGGCUGGUGCUUCAGAAGUAGCCAUAUUUGGUGCUGCAUCAGAGCUAUUUAGUAAGAAGAACAUCAAUUGCUCUGUGGAUGAGAGUUUACAGCGAUUUGAUGAGGUUAUGAAAGCGGCAAAAGAGGCCAGUGUACCAGUGAGAGGUUACGUAUCAUGUGUCCUUGGAUGUCCUUAUGAAGGCAAGGUGGCACCUGAGAAAGUUGCUUAUGUAGCAAAGCGUCUCUAUGAUAUGGGGUGCUAUGAGAUCUCAUUAGGCGACACAAUCGGAGUGGGGACUCCAGGUUCUAUGAGUCAGAUGUUGGAAGCAGUGACUAAAGAUGUGCCAGUCAGUGCAUUGGCGGUGCACUGUCAUGACACAUAUGGACAGGCUCUGGCUAACAUUCUGGUGGCUUUACAGAUGGGGGUUCAUGUUGUAGAUUCUUCAGUAGCUGGACUUGGUGGGUGUCCCUAUGCCCAAGGUGCAUCAGGAAAUGUUGCUACAGAAGAUGUUGUCUACAUGCUCCAUGGGCUUGGCAUUCACACAGGAGUGAACAUGUCCAAGUUAAUGGAUGCUGGAGCCUUCAUCUGUCGUACUCUGAACAAAAAGUCUAAUUCUAAAGUUGCUCAAGCCACCUGCAAAUUAUAGGUUUGAUAGCAAAGCACUGGACACUGGACUGAAGUGCACCAAAUGCACAACGCUGAACACAGAUACAAUUUACUUUAAAAGUAAUUACUGCACGAUGGGAAAGCUGGAAGAGUGCCUUAUCAUCAGCCUGAUUUUCAACACUAUUCUGGGCAGAGGCAAUACUUUAGCCUAAUAAUGAUUUUAUGUUUAUUGUUGGCAUUAAAGCAAGCAUUUCUUCCAGGUUAGUUGCACACCAUCUGUUGAUUCAGUUUUAUAUUAUAUUACCAGCUAUAUUCUCUUUAGUAUUGCCUUUGUAUGUCUAGAAAUUUCUUGUACAUUUUCACUAUUUAUUUUGAAAUGCUUGACAAAUGACAUCAGGUUGUAAAUUUACAUGUCAGUUAUAAAUGACGUGUCAGUUAAUAUGCUUUGACAUAUGUCUCAGUACCCUAAAAUCAUGUUUGUACUUUUAGUACUUUUUCAUAAACAUUGUUUAAUACUGUAUUUAACUGCCACAGUCUUCAUAAAACUAAAUUUUUAA